AGAACAUACACACAAUUAUUUAUUACACAUAUCCUUCCCCCAAAAAUAACAGAAAACAAAGGAGAAAAAAAAAAGCCAGAAACCAUCAGCAUUAACAUUCUCUCUCCCUCUCUCUCUCUCUCUCUCUCUCUAUAAGGGACAGGAAAACGCGCAAGAAUCGAUUCUCUUACAGCGUUGAAACACAGAGAACACCGCGAUCUGCGUUUCUUGAAGAACCCAUCCCGACAAAGCAUUAUUUUCACUAUUUCGGGAUUCAGACGAUACAAGCAAAAAAAGGGUCGAUUUUCGUAUUGCGAAAAGGGAAAAAAAACAACAACAGAACCUUCUAUUAUCUCUGUGUUAUUGGGAUAAAAAUCGGGGGCAAGCAAUGCUGUCGAAGGGUGAUGAACAUCAUACGGUCCCGUUAUCCGUAUUACUAAAACGGGAAUUGGCCAAUGAGAAAGUCGAGAGGCCGGAGAUUACACACGGCCAGGCCUGUCAGAGCAAGAAAGGCGAGGACUUUACUUUCAUCAAGACCGAAUGUCAGCGUGUUUUGGGCGACGGAGUCACCACAUUUUCUGUCUUUGCGUUACUCGAUGGGCAUAACGGAUCUGCAGCGGCUAUAUAUUCAAAGGAGAAUCUGUUGAACAACGUAUUGAAUGCUAUUCCUCCAGAUCUCAACAGUGACGAAUGGGUCUCAGCUCUGCCUCGUGCUUUAGUUGCCGGAUUUGUGAAAACUGAUAAAGAUUUUCAAGAAAGAGCUCAAACUUCUGGAACAACUGCCACGUUUGUAAUAAUCGAGGGAUGGGUCUUGACAGUUGCAUCGGUCGGUGAUUCUCGUGCCAUUCUUGAAUCUGCUGAAGGUGGUAUAUAUUACCUCUCUGCAGAUCAUAGACUCGAAUGCAGUGAAGAAGAGAGGGAACGAAUAACUGCUAGUGGCGGUGAAGUUGGCCGCCUUAACACCGGUGCUGGCACAGAGAUUGGUCCAUUAAGAUGCUGGCCAGGUGGAUUAUGUCUUUCACGAUCUAUCGGAGAUAUGGAUGUGGGAGAGUUCAUAGUUCCUGUACCUCACGUAAAGCAAGUAAAGCUAUCAUCGACAGGUGGCAGGCUAAUUAUCUCGAGUGACGGUGUUUGGGAUGCAAUAUCUGCCGAAACGGCUUUCGAAUGCUGCAGAGGGAUGCCUGUAGAUGCUGCUGCUUCACAAAUUGUCAAAGAAGCGGUGCAGUACAAAGGUCUUAGAGACGAUACAACAUGCAUAGUAGUAGAUAUACUACCCCCGGAAAAAGCGGACCCACAAAAACCAGCACCUACGACAAAGAAGCAAGUCAAAGGAGUCUUCAAGGCUAUGUUCCGGAAGAAGCAUCUGGAAUCUUCUUCUCAUGCUGGCAAGGAAGAAUAUUACGAACCCGAUUACGUGGAGGAAAUCUUUGAGGAAAGCUCAGCUUCGCUUUCCGAAAGAUUAGACUCAAAAUAUCCAGUGUGCAAUAUGUUUAAGCUGUUCAUGUGUGCGGUUUGCCAAGUGGAAAUAAAACCGGGAGAAGGUAUUUCGAUACAUGCUGGAACAGCCGAUCCGAAGAAACUAAGGCCAUGGGAUGGCCCGUUUCUUUGCUCGAGCUGCCAAGACAAGAAAGAAGCUAUGGAAGGGAAAAGACCUUCCGGAGCUUCCAGGUAUAGUAGUGGAAGUGAUGACUAGUUCCAAUCCAAUAUGAGUAUCGAGAUGUGGGAAAAAAAAGCCGAUUUGUGUCUCCAUAAGCUGCGAGGAUCAUAAAUAAAAUUUGAACCCUUUUUGUGAAUAGACGACUAAAGAUAUAUACCAACAGAAUAUUACAGCUUCGGGUUUUUUUUGUUCGGACAAGAAGAUGGAGGUUUGUAGUGAGUUCGAGGCGUCCAAUGAAAAUGUAUAAAUACGAGGUAUAUAUAUUUGCCUUUCAUAGUAUCCUUGCUAUAAUUAUUAAUUACCUUUGAAACAAUCUGAGUACAAUUUUCACUUCAAACAAAAGCUUACAAGUGAAAGCUUAUUAUCUGUUCAUUGUAAUAUCGUCAUACGUAGAAUAGUUCGACUAUAUAGUUCGUCGGGAUUUCUUCAGACAGCGUAAAGAUUUAUUCAUUGUAAUAUUGUUUUUUUUUUCUUUUCUUAAAUGAGGAAGGUGAAUAUUCACAAUAGAGAUACAUUCUUUUAUGUUUAUUA